AUGAUCGAACUCAAGAGAACCGCAACCGUGCUGCUGGGAGCACUGGCUCUGGCGUCCACCACGGCGGUCUUCGCGGCCCCCGCCUCCACCUCGCAGGAAUGGACCUACUGGCUCUUAUCCUCCUCCACCUCGAGCCUCCACUCGUGCGCCUCUGAAGUGGCCAAGGUGCGCGACGCCUCCGGUCUGACGUACCUCUACCGUGCCUCUUCCCAUGCAUCAUGCGCGCAGAGUCUGACAACGGCGACGGUGGGCCCGGAGGAGGCGGUGCUGUUCAAGCCCGAGGCUGUCGAGGAUGGGACUCGAGGUCUUGAGGGGUCUUGGAAGAUGCGUGCGCUCGAAGCGCUAUCCAUUACGCAGUCUUCACCAGUCGAAGAGGAUGCUGGGCAGGUGGCGUUCCACCUCCCAACAUCGCCCUCGAUGCAGCUGCUCAGCGCGCACGGUGCUUCCCUUGUCGUCGCUGUCACCCCUUCCGCACUUGCGACCAUCGAUCACCACACGACAUUCGACACCCGUCUGCAGCGCCUUGUCUUCCAACCACUCUCCUCCUUCUCCACCCUCACAGACAAGCCAGAACCAAAGUACAACAAGCCCAAACACAAUUCGCACGUUGCCUCGAUCCUCUCCUCGUCCGCAUUCAACGCCUCGCGCAUCGAAUCCGACCUUCGCAUCCUCACGGGCGAAUCCGCCCAGCCGAGCGAGAUCGGCGAAUGGCACAGUCGACACAGUGCGACCUACGGAGCGCGUCUGGCGGGUCGAUGGCUCAAGAGCCAGAUGGAGGCUUCGCUGUCCGCCGUGAACGGUUCGUGCGAGUUUUGGUCCUACUCGCCGUUUUUCGCGCCCAACAUCGUCUGUUCUGUCCCCGCCUCCGGGGAGGAAGAGUGGGUGGUGGUUUCGGCGCACUACGACUCUCGCGGUACAUUUGGCAGCACGACGGCUCCGGGUGGGGACGAUGACGGUUCGGGCACCUCGGCUCUUCUCGCCAUCGCCCGAGCCCUCGGCUCGUCCCCCCUCGCACUUCGCUCUCCUGUCCGCCUGAUUUUCUUCUCUGGUGAAGAACAGGGUCUGGUCGGCUCCUCCCACUACGCCUCAGCCCUCAAGGAGAAGGUGAAACUGGCGAUCCAAAUGGACAUGCUCGCGUACCGUCAUCCAGGGGAACCCCUCCAACUCGCCUUUCCGGACAAAUUCGUUACCCAGUCCGCAACGGAUCUCGUCCGUCAGGUGGCAGAGUUGUACGUGCCAGAGUUGGAACAGGGCUAUACGCCUGCUUGCUGCUCCGACCACCAGAGCUUCUGGGAGAACAACUUCCCUGCGACCUGGGUCUUCGAGCGCAACGGUCCGAUUAAGGAUCCUAUGUACCAUAAUUCAGGUGAUGUCGUGGACAGGGACGGGUAUAGUGUCGAACAGCUGAGGGCGAUUGCAAAGGUCGUGUUGGCAAGUGCGCUGCACGUGGCCGGAUUCGAUAAAGCCUAG